CCGGCUGGAAGCCGAAACAGCAGCAGCCUUAGCAGCAGCAACGGCCGCGGCUGCUCCGCCGCCGCCGUCUUCAAGGGAGCAUGGAGUGCGCCCUGGACGCCCAGAGCCUGAUCAGCAUCUCCCUGCGCAAGAUCCACAGCUCCCGGACCCAGCGCGGCGGCAUCAAGCUGCACAAGAACCUCCUGGUGUCCUACGUGCUCCGCAACGCGCGCCAGCUCUACCUGAGCGAGCGCUACGCCGAGCUCUACCGGCGCCAGCAGCAGCAGCAGCAGCAGCAGCAGCCGCCCCACCACCAGCACCAGCACCUCGCGUACGCGGCGCCGGGCAUGCCGGCCAGCGCGGCCGACUUCGGCCCUCUGCAACUUGGCGGCGGCGGGGACGCGGAGGCGCGCGAACCGGUCGCCCGUCACCAGCUGCACCAGCUCCACCAGCUCCACCAGCUGCACCUCCAGCAGCAGCUGCACCAGCACCCGGCGCCCAGGGGCUGCGCGGCUGCCCCCUCGGACUUUGGCGUGCACUGCAGCAGCCAGACCACCGUGCUGGACCUGGACACUCACGUGGUGACCACGGUGGAGAACGGCUACUUGCACCAGGACUGCUGCGCCUCCGCCCACUGCCCCUGCUGUGGCCAGGGCGCCCCGGGACCCGGCCUGGCGUCCGCCACCGGCUGCAAGCGCAAGUAUUACCCUGGCCAGGAGGAGGAGGAGGACGACGACGACGACGAUGCGGGCGACCUGGGGGCCGAGCCCCCCGGGGGUGUCCCGUUCGCCCCCUGCAAGCGCGCUCGCUUCGAGGACUUCUGUCCGGACUCGUCCCCGGACGCGUCCAACAUCUCAAACUUGAUCUCCAUCUUUGGCUCGGGCUUCUCCGGGCUGGUGAGCCGACAGCCGGACUCCUCCGAGCAGCCGCCGCCACUCAACGGGCAGCUGUGCGCUAAGCAGGCGCUCGCCAGCCUCGGCGCCUGGACUCGAGCCAUUGUCGCCUUCUAGGGACCCCCGAGGGCAUGGGGACCCGGGGCCCCGCGGGGCUGGGGCCAGACAAAGACUCGGCCAAGGGGCGAGAGGAGGGAACGAACGGGCGCCCGGCCACUUCGGGCUGAGCAGGGGGCGAGCAGAGGGAGAGGGCUGAUGUUUUAUAAAUUGUAAAAUAAAAAAAAAAGAAAUCUAA